AUGGACGCCUCCUCCCUCCGCAUCUCCAAGUUCGAUGGAACUAACUUCCACGCCUGGAAGUUCAAGAUGCAGAUGGUGCUGGAGGAACGGGACCUAUGGGAGGUCGUCAGCGGUGAGAUCAAGGCGGAACAGUGCGAGACUCAGUUGGACCAAGCGACGUACAAGAGGAAGUCAAGAAAGGCGAUGGCAGUGAUCUGUCUAGCCAUGGAAGAUUCCCAGCUACCGUUGGUCCGGUCGGCAAGUGGUGCAUGCGACGCAUGGUCAAGGUUGGAAGACCACUUCGAGAAGAAGAGUCUUGCCAACAAGCUGUUCUUGCGCCGUCGCUUCUUCACGACAAUGAUGGAAGAAGGCGACGAUGUGCUCGAACACAUCAACAAGCUCAAGACGCUGGCGGAACAGCUAGAAGCGGUGGGGGCUCCAGUCUGCGAGGACGAUCUGGUGAUCACACUCCUCGGCAGCCUGAGUGACUCGUAUCAAUUCUUGAUCACAGCUUUGGAGUCGCUCUCAGACACUCUUAGCUGGGAGCUCGUGACGUCUCGACUGCUUCAUGAAGAAAUGAAGCGGAAGGAGCAAGGAAGUAAAGGUGAUGAAGCUUCGCAAGGUCAAGCGUUCAUCACAAGGGACAAUCAGCGCAAAGGGCGACCAGUGAAGAAGUCCUGGCCGUGCCACAAUUGCGGAAAGAUUGGUCACUGGAUGGCGGAGUGCCCCUCGCGCAUCCAAGAAAACACGGAGAGACACCGGCCACAGCGUGCUCAAGACAGCGGCGACCGCUAUCGAUCACAACGUGCAAACGUCGCUCAAGAAGAAGACUCGGGCGACUACCUCUUUUCGAUCGGUGAAACGACAUCUGCGAAAUCGAGCGACAUCUGGCUGGUCGACUCCGGGGCGACGCACCACAUGACGUGCUCCAAGAAGUUCAUGCGAAACUACAAGGGGUUUGACGCUGUGGAUGUCCAUCUCGCGGAUGAUGGAAUCGUCCAAGCAAUCGGCAGUGGGUGUUGA